AUGGUGCGGGUGGGCAAGCUGGCGAGCCGCGGCGAAGGCCAGGGGCAGGCGGGGGGGGCAGGAGCCAUAGCCGACUCCUUGUCCAUUCGGGGAACGGGGCACGCGACCGGAAGGGGAUCCGGCGGCGUCGGCAGCGGUGGCGGCAGCAGCAGUAGCGGCGAUCGACAGCGAAACAACAGCGCCAGUAGCGCUGACGAACUCGGUGUCCCCGGCAACAACCGGAUAAGGACCGCGAGUUCGUCAACCGACGCUCAGGCUAGGGAAGCGGGGUUUGGCCGCAACGGCAGCGGCAGCGAUAACAGCAGAGGCAAGAGAGAUGGCGGUGACGGAGUCCGGGCUCACAACGCCAAGAGCGGAGGAGGUGGCGGGAGCGGCGGGGGGAUGGGGCGAGGAAAGCUGCGGCCGUGGACCGCAUGCCAGCGCCAGCGCCAGCAGCCGCCCGCCUCGCCGAGGCUCACCGGACCACGAUCGGGAUCGGGAUCGGGAUCGGGAUCUGGAUCGGGGUGCGGUGGAAGCGAGCGUGGGAGCGACAAGGUUGAUGGUGGUGGCUGCGGCGGGGGCGGUAAAAGGGGUAGGACAACGGCAGCGAGCGAAGGCGGCGGCGAUAUCGUGAAGAUACAUGCUUCCAGUCCUUACGACGAGAUAGACAUCCUUGUUCACUGCGACGUGCGCAUCUUCGAGUGGCUCUUCCAGUACAUUCACAGCAGUGACGGUAAGACAGCCGGCAGAAGCAACAGGAGCAGCGACAGCCACGACAACGAUGCCGAACACAACGACAAUCACGGUGAUACGAGUAAGACGACAAGGGAUAGUGGCAGCAGAAGUGGCGACAACAGCAGUGAAGGCGGAGUGGCAAGCGGUGGCGGCGGUGGUGCCGACAGCAGCGGGUCGAGGCCUGACAUAGCUGGGCCUCCUCCUCUGGAGGUGGGCGAUGUUUGUUCUGCUGCGCUGCCGUCUGUGCCACUAGCGGUGUCGAUCCUCAUAUCGUCGGAUUUCCUGCAGAUGCAGAGGCUUGUUGCCGAGUGCCUGGGGUUCGUCGGGGAGCACCUUACGGAGAUUGUGAAGCUGCCGAUCGACUUGUCUUGUCUCAGCGACAAGAUGGUGCUGCAGCUCGCAAAGAUUAUGACCCUGGAUCAGCUGGCCGUGGCCAAGGACCGGAAGGACAAGCUGCUCAGUCGGGUGCACAAGAAGCGCAUCGAGAUCGACUUCUGCGACCGUUCCCCUCACAGCGACAGUGCCGUCCACUGUUGCCGUCACUGCGGCGGGCUCUUCUCGGAGAAGGCAUGA